ACUGGCUGGUCAUUUAAGACGAACGAGUUUUAUCUCUUCAACGUAAAUUUAUUUAUGCUUAGCUCUUUAAAUAUAUAUAUUUUUUUGAAAUAUUAUUUUUUUUUUUUUUAAUAAGUUAAAUUAUGAAGAUAAUAAAAAAAAUUUUGUGUAAUGUCAUCUUAAUUUUUUUUUUAUCCGGAAUAAAAGUUGACGGAAAGUAUCGCGGAUUAGAAUUUUUGGAACCUUGUUCAAGAAGUGAUCCCCAAUUAGAAGCAUGUCUUGCAAGAUCGGCUAAUGUAUUGAGCGAGCGCUUCCGAUAUGGCCUACCGCAGUUAGGAUAUCCAGAAGUUGAGCCAAUAGUAUUAGAUGAAGUUCAAAUAUCUUUAGGUGGUGGUCCAGACGGUUACAAAGCACAAUUUCGUGAUGUUGCAGCAAGGGGGGUUUCAGCAUUAAGAAUAACUGGUUUAAGAACACGAAUAACUGAUGAUGAAGUGCAAUUGCAAUUAGCGCUUCAUAUACCAAGAAUUAGAGCUGCUGCCAAAUACCGAUCAAGUGGGAAACUUAUUGUUGUUCAGGCUAGCGGUGCUGGUGAUUAUUGGGGUGAAUAUGAUGGAGUUAAAGCCAAAGUAUUUAUCAGAGCUAAGCCAUUCUCAGUCGAAGACCAUAAAUAUUUGCGACUGCUACAAUUGAAAAUGGAUUUCAGUGUUGAAAAUAUUAAAAUGGGAGUCGAAAAUGUUCAUGGAGGCAAUACAAUAUUACAAACGGCAUUGAAUUACUUCAUAAAUAGUAACAGUCAAGAUCUCUUGAAAGAAAUGAAACCUGAUUUAAGACGUAAAUUAGUUCAAGUUAUGACAGCUUUUGUAGAAAAAUUAUUUGCUCAAGUGCCUUAUGAUGCUUGGAUCACAGAUUAAAUUUCAUAAAAUUUUUUUAUUAUUUUUUGUUUUUUAUAAUUAUAUAACUAAAUCAUAGAAAAGCUUUAAUUUUAAUUAUUUAUUUGAUUACUAUUUUUACCAGUGAAAGUAAAAGUACUGUUUUUUUAAUAGUCUGAUAUUAUUAUUGUAAUUAAUAAUAUUAUAUUAAUGUAAGUUAGUAGACAACUAUCUUUAAGUAUUAGUAUUUGAUAAG